AUGAAAACAACUUCAAUUUCUUUAAAAUGCCACCAACCACCACCACAAAUCCCCAUAACAACCCUAAAUUUCCAAAAAAUUCCAGAGCCUUCAAAAACAACAAAAAUAGUAAUUGAAGAUUAUGACCCAACAACCUCCUACUCUCCCCCCUUAUACGACUCUUCCACCUCAAAUAGUUGCUCCCCAGAUUCGUCAGAAGAAGCCUCUACUUCCUAUUCUGAUGAAAAAGAAAAUAAUUUUUGUAAAAAUUGUUUUGACAAAAAGGAGGAACUUAGGGAAAAUAAAAAUUCUGAAACAACAGAAUGGGCAAUUAGACCUGAUGCGAAAUGGAAAGUUAGGUCGAUUGGGUUAUUAGCUGCGAUUUUACCUGGUAUUGCCUGUUACUUAUGUUUGGCAUAUUCAUUUACAUUGCAAUAUGACCGUAUAGCUAAUUUUACGAUUCCCUCAACAAUGUGUCCGGGUCUUAAAAGUAUUUUUCCUCCCGUCAGUUAUAGUAUUGGUGUUUGGAAGCCACAAAAAUAUAUUUGGUUAAUGGUAAAUUAA